UUAUUACAUGCGCCACCUACCGAGGAAAUCCUAUCUUAUUUAUAAAGCAAAUGAUCAUGUGACUUGACAGAGAUAGAGGAGAUCCUCUUAUCACAUUUCGAACUUUUAAAGGCAAUGGAGUUAAACAGAUUACUACUUGUGUUUACUUUAUGUUUAAUUUCAAGGACCCUUGCUUUUGAAACUAAAAAACUAUCUCAACCCCUCCAAAAAGACAUUUUAACUCUAAAAUCAGAGGAACCAGUACGGAUACCCAGUGAAACCAGAAUCCGACAAGCAGACGAAGAGGAGGGUGAAUAUGACACACAAUGUGGGGAUCUACCCGUCGUGCAUUGCGGUCACUACACAGGCACGAGUCACGCGAUGGGCCAAACUUGGAAGCUACAAUGUGAUCCCGGAUGUCGAUUAGUUGGAUCAGGAGAUAUUACUUGUUUGGCAGUUCCGGAUCCAUUUCACCAUGUGGCAAUAUGGGAUCAUAUGCAAGGGAUGUCCAAAUGCGAAAAAUCUUGUUGUGGCGUCCCACCUGCGCCUGCGCAUGGAUAUACUGUAGGAAAAAACUAUGACGUGUAUCAAAACGUAACCAUUAAAUGCGAUCCUGGCUACCAUCUAAACGGAAGUGAUACUCUCCAAUGCUUACCUGUAGCCAACCCUAAGGUUUGCGGUGUUUGGGUGUAUAUUCCUGAAUGGACGGAUACUAAAUGCCUACCUCUUACUGUCGACUCAAAACGUUCACCAUCACAUUUGAUGAGCUCUGAGGUUGAAAGGAAAACAACAGACAUACAAUGUGGGGAUCUACCCGUCGUGCAUUGCGGUCACUACACAGGCACGAGUCACGCGAUGGGCCAAACUUGGAAGCUACAAUGUGAUCCCGGAUGUUACUUAGUUGGAUCAGGAGACAUUACUUGUUUGGCAGUUCCGGAUCCAUUUCACCAUGUGGCAAUAUGGGACCAUACGCAAGGAGUUUCAAAAUGCGAACAAUCUUGUUGUGGCGUCCCACCUGCGCCUGCGCAUGGAUACACAGUAGGAAAAAACUUUGACGUGUUUCAAAAUGUAACCGUUAAAUGCGAUCCUGGCUAUUAUUUAAACGGAAGUGAUAUUCUCCAAUGCUUACCUGUGCCCAACCCAAAGGCUUGCGGUGUUUGGGUGUACGUUACUCAAUGGACGGACUCCAACUGCGUUCCUCUUACUGGUGACGCGAAACGUUCACAACCAUAUUUGAUGGACACGGGUGUCGAACAGAAAAGCACAGGUAGACCAUAUUCCCAUUUGGAAGCAGAAGACGACAUAUGCUUGCAACCAAAGAAUACAGGUCCGUGUAAAGCAAGAAUGAAACGAUUCUACUUCAAUUCCGUGAAGAAGAUCUGUGAAGAGUUUAUCUACGGGGGAUGUAAGAAAAACGACAACAAUUUCAAGAGUCUUGAAGAGUGCAAAAACAAAUGCAUUGGCAACUGACUACGUUGAUCUGGACUAAUAAAAGUGUUAUUUUC